UCUUUCAAACACACUCCCACUCUUCUACUCGUUUGAUAUAUAGUACAUUGCAAUGGCUUCUACGCGUAUCAUUAUCCUUUUAGCCAUUGCCUUACCAGCACUCGUUUCCGCGAAGGAAUUUAUGGUGGGAGAUCAGAAGGGGUGGACUAUUAAUUUCGACUAUCAACAGUGGGCACAAGACAAGGAAUUUCAUGUUGGAGACAAGCUUAUAUUUAGCUAUCCAGUUGGUGCUCAUAAUGUGUUCAAAGUUAAUGGAACCGGGUUCCAGAAUUGCAUCAAACCUGCUUUAUCCGAAGCCUUGACUUCUGGAAAUGACACGAUAGUGCUGGCGACUCCAGGGCGAAAGUGGUACAUAUGUGGUGUAGGCCAGCAUUGUGCUGCUGGAGGGCAAAAAUUGCUCAUUGUUGUCAACCCUGGGGCAAUGUCUCCGAGUGUUUCUCCUUCGCAGAGCUUUGGUGCUCCUACUCAAACUUUACCUGCCACGGGAUCAGCAGAUGGGACUGUCGUUGCUUCGUUUCAAUCAAUCAUGGCGAUCACACUAGCUGUUUUGUUUGUCAUUGCUGUUUGAAAUUACAUUGCUUAACCUUAAUUUAUACUAAUACUAGUGUUUUGUAGUAUGUUGUUUCAGGCACCAU